AUGGGAAAUUAUUACUUGAAAGAUUACGAAUAUCUAAGGCCAAAAGUUAUAGAUCGGGGUAAAGCAGGGAAUAUUGUCGCUUCAUUGGAACGGAACAAAGUUGGGAAUUGCAAAUUGUUCGCGCGCCUGUGGCUAAGGGAGGUGUUGAAAGGGUUGAAACAAUUCUUAUACGAGGGAUCCCUGCACGGAGUUAAGUACAUCUUUGAGCCGACAUUUAGCUUCAAGGAACGAAUGAUAUGGGUGGUUAUUGUCGUCAUCAGCAUCGCUAUCUGCGCUGUGAACAUCUUUCAGUUGUUCUCCAAAUGGCAUUCUACGCCUUUUGUCAACGUAAUCGACUCUCUGCCGAGCCCCAUUUGGGCUGUGCCGUUCCCGAUGGUGGUAGUCUGUCCACAGUUACAUUUACAACGAUCUUACGUUAAUGUCUCUGCGAUUGAUAAGCUAAGCUUAAAUCAUUUUUUCGCGUCUCUCGUGUGUCCACAAAUGUCACAUACAAAGCAGGCGCCGUCGCAACGCAUGACCCCAGAAGACAACAUACUGAUGCAGAAAUUUAUCGUAGAGGGUUCACCAAAAUGUACAGACAUAAUAAAAUCUUGUUACUGGCGACCAACACAAGAAUUGGAGUGGUUGGAAAAAGAAUGCUGCGAAAAGAUGUUCAAGCCGAUAUUUACAGAUUACGGUCUCUGUUUCGCUUUCAAUAGUUUACCUUUGAAUGCUAUGAAUAACGAUACCCAGUACUGGCAUAAAACAUUUGAUAAAAACGUAACACAGCAGGCUUUAAAUUGGAGCUUGGAUGGUGGAUAUCCUAAGGUGUUCCCACCAGAUCCUACAAUGAUACCACUAAGAGUCAUGGCGUCUGGAGAAAUCAAUGGUCUAGGUGUAGAACUAUAUCUAAACAGCAGUGAACAUCAAUUUGAAUGCGAUGGUAACAACUUAGGUUACAAUGUGCUUAUAAGUUCACCUACGGAUCACGUGUACGUAAGUACGGUUCUACGGUUACCAAUGAACAAAAUGACAACAAUCGAAGUAUCGCCGACAACAUACAAGACGGACAAUGCUCUACGUGGUUUAGCCCCAUAUAUAAGACAGUGUUUCUUCCAAGAUGAAAAGAAGUUGAAUUACUAUGAAUUCUAUACGGACAGUAAUUGUAAACAUGAUUUCUGGAUGCGUGAGGUUAAAAAGAAAUGUCAUUGCGUCCUAUAUAAUUGGCCAAGACUUUACAUUUGGGAAACGAUUUGUUCAACUAAAUUAGAUUUUCGUUGCAUCGAGGAAGUUAGAGCAAAAGUAGAAGAGCAAUUGACUUACGCAUACUAUGAAGACAGCCAAGAGGACAGGAAAGCGCAGACAGAAUUCGCGUCCUGCCACCCCGCCUGUAACGAUAUUUUGUACUCCAGUCAAGUCUUUUAUUCUGAUCUCAUGAGUGUGCCGAGAAUUUCGAAAGCAAACUUCCAGUUUAAAGAGGGUGAAGUAACUCGUAUUAACGUUCAUUUUUAUGACGACAUAUUUCUAGGACAGCACCGUCACACACAAUAUGAUGAUUAUUAUUUUGCGGGUGCAAUCGGUGGCCUUCUGAGCCUCUUUCUCGGGUUCAGCAUCAUCAGCGUCGCAGAAUUAGUCUACUUCGCACUUUUGAAGCCAGUUCAUACAGCAUGUGAUUUUAACAAAAGCGAUUUUACUCCAGAAGACUUACACUCAAAUAUUUAUUCCCACCCCUACAUAUAUCCUGAAGGCAGAGAUUUGCAACAUAAUAUUCUUUAG